AUGCCGUUUAUCGGGAAGGAUUGGCGAGCACCGGGAGAAACAUGGGUAUGGUGCUCUAAUACCGAUGGAUGGGAACAAGUGAAAUUACGGCCAGUUCAGGUGGAAGAAACAAGUGAUGCAAAUCGAUCCUCAACGUGUAGUUCAGUGGUAAAAAUUAAGCGUAACACAUCUUCAGUGUCAUUAUCAAGUAAUGAUGAAAAUUGUUCUCGAUCAGACACUGAUGAUUCUGUUUCGGAUGGUGAUGACUGGAUCCCACACUGUUUUGUAAAGACUGGUAAAUCUAAAGAAUUUGUUGGAUGUACAAGUAUGAGUGAGGCAUUUCAUCGUUUGGAUCUAGCACGAGCCGUUAGCGAUGUCCGCAGAUUCAAUUAUAUCUGUAAAGUUGUUCAAAUUCUUGUCCAAGAAAAGUUACAAAAUUUGAGUGCAACUGCUCGAAAAGCUCUUCUUUCCAUCAUUAAGGCGAUUGUAUUGACAAGUGUUGAGAAAGAUCUUCACAUAUCCACUGCACGAUCUCUCGUUUCUGGUUUUGCUACGGGUCUCGAGGGUCAUUUAUACGGUUCACCUCAACUGGUUUCGAAACAAGUAGAAAUGAUUGGCGAUUUGCUGGAGCUUAUUUCUGAGCGACGACCUCGCACUUUGGCGGAUAGUGUCGAAGAAUCUGUGACAUUCAUGGAUUUGCCGAGAGAAAUCUUGUCUGUCAUCUUAAAAAAGCUUCCUGAUCACGUUUCACUGCUGGAAGUCGCUAAAGCAUAUGAAGUGUUAGAUGCUAUUGUCAAAAAAGAAGGACAGCUUUGGGCAUCUCUUUGCAAUUUUCAUUUCACACAGGAACAGAUCUCAAAAAUUAAACACGAUUCAAUUUCAUGGCGCCAUGCUUUUUUCGAGCUGAAAAAAUAUUAUGGUUUGCGGGAAUAUUAUGCUGAUUUGAUUCAUCUCUGCUGUCACUGCAAAGCCAUAUUCUGGAAAGAUCAUGGACAUCCAUGUAUUUCCAAGGAUGGACCUUCAGUGCGUGUGACCCCCCAACAGUUUGUUGACAUGCUACUAUUUCUGUAA